CAGGCAUUGAGCACAAGGGCUGACAUGACCCACUAGGCUCUGAGUGAGUCCACUCCUACUCUCAUCUCUGUAGUUCACUGAGGGACUCCUACACUGCAUUUCUAUUGUCUUCUUCAGGCUCCUCAGGCCCAGCAUCCAGCAAUGACUCAGGAUGCAAUCAGCAGCCACAACGUGCACCGAGGACCGCAUCCAGCAUGCCCUGGAGCGAUGCUUGCAUGGACUGAGCCUCGGACGCCGUUCUGCACCCUGGUCAGCUGGGCUGUGUCUGAACUGCUGGAGCCUGCAAGAGCUGGUCAGCAGGGACCCGGGCCACUUCCUCAUCCUCCUGGAACAGAUCCUACAGAAGACCCGAGAGGUCCAAGAGAAAGGCACCUAUGACCUCCUCGCCCCACUGGCUUUGCUCUUCUAUUCCACUGUCCUUUGUACACCACACUUCCCACCGGAUUCAGACCUCCUUCUGAAGGCAGCCAGCACCUACCACUGCUUCCUGACCUGGCCAGUUCCCUAUUGCAGCAUCUGCCAAGAGCUGCUCACCUUCAUUGAUGCUGAGCUCAAGGCCCCAGGGAUCUCCUACCAACGGCUGGUGAGGGCUGAACAGGGCCUGCCCACCAGGAGGCACCGAAGUUCCACUGUCACUGUGCUGUUGCUGAACCCUGAGGAGGUAGAGGCUGAAUUCCUUGCUGUGGCAGACAAGCUGAGUGCACCUAGACAGUCACCACAUGGUGUCUACAUCACCCUGCUCCUGCAUGCUUUUCAGGCCACGUUUGGGGCCCACUGUGACCUUCCUAGCCUGCACCACAAACUUCAGUCCAAGACGCUAGAAGAGCUUGAUGAUAUCUUCACCGAGACCACAGAAGCACAGGAGCUGGCAUCUGGCAUAGAAGAUGCAGCAGAGGCCCGGAAAUGGCUCCGGACCAAGCUGAAGGCAGUGGGAGAAAAAGCUGGCUUCCCUGGCAUCUUAGACACUGCAAACCCUGGAAAACUCCACACCAUCCCCAUCCCUGUCGCUAGGUGCUAUACCUACAGCUGGAACCAGGACAGCUUUGACAUUCUACAGGAAGUUCUUCUCAAGGAACAGGAACUGCUGCAGCCAGGGAUCCUGGGAGAUGAUGAAGAGGAGGAAGAGGAGGACUUGGAGAUCGACAGGCCUUGUGCUGAAAGGGACUCGCUACUCUCCACCAGCUCUCUGGUGUCUCAUGACUCCACUCUGUUGCUUACCUCCUCUCAGGCCUCAGGGCCAGUGCUGUCCCGCCAGGUGCUGACCACCUUUGUCUCUGGCCUCUCGGAUGGUGUGGACAGUGCAUACAGCAAGCUCAGGAGGCUGGAGAACAGUCACCCGCUCCUCACACGGUUCUUCAAGCUUCAGUUCUUCUAUGUGCCCGUGAAGCGAAGCCAGGGAACAAGCUCUGGUACCUGCCCAUCCUCUCUGAGUCAGACAUCGCCACUCCCUGCAGACUCCUUGAAGCACCCCAGCCCUGCAGAGCUUGGCAUGGCCUCAUGGGAGGACAGUACCAAUGACAUUUCUCACUACCUCGGUGUGGUUUUCCCCUGGUAUGAACGCAAUGUGUUGGGCCUCAUGUACCUGCCGCCUGAAGUCCUUUGCCAGCAGUCCCUGAAGACAGAAUCUCGGCCUCUGGAGGGCUCGGCCACCCAGCUGCCCAUCUUGGCCGACAUGUUGCUCUACUACUGCCGCUUUGCAGCCCGCCCAGUGUUGCUGCAGGUCUAUCAGACAGAGCUGACUUUCAUUACUGGAGAGAAGACUACGGAGAUCUUCAUUCAGUCUCUGGAACUGGGUCACUCUGCGGCCACACGUGCUAUCAAGGCUUCAGGUCCAGGCAGCAAGCGGCUGGGCAUUGAUGAUGACCGGGAAGCCGUUCCUUUAACACUACAGAUUAUCUACAGCAAGGGAGCCAUCAGUGGGCUGAGCCGCUGGAGCAACCUAGAGAAGGUCUGUACCUCUGUUAACCUCAACAAGGCCUGCCGGAAGCCAGAGGAGCUAGACUCCAGCAUGGAGGCACUGACGCUAACCCUGACGGAAGUGCUGAAAAGGCAGAACCCUAAAUCCAAAAAGGGCUUUAACCAGAUCAGUACGUCCCACAUCAAAGUGGACAAGGUGCAGAUCAUCGGCUCCAGCAGCUGCCCCUUUGCCGUGUGUCUAGACCAGGAUGAGAGAAAGAUCCUACAGAGCGUGGUCAGGUGUGAAGUGUCACCCUGCUACAAGCCGGAGAAGAGCAGCCUGCCAUCCCAGAGGUCCUUCAACCAGCCAGCACAGGCUGGUCCUGACCUGUGCUCCCUUCUCUGCCUCCCCAUCAUGACUUUCAGUGGAGCUCUGCCCUAAUGCAAUUAGGAACCAGGCUAGACAGGAAUGUGCACAGUUUCUCCUGGACCACUCUCGGGGCAUCUGCCCUCUGUAGAGAACCAAAUUGUCCUGGGCGGCACUGGGAUUGCUCUGUAGGCCCUGCAUGGGCCAGGGACAUGUGGCCAGUGGUAUCUGAAGCCUCAGAGAUCUGAUGAGGAAACCAGCAUUAGAGAAAGAACGGCCCGGCUGCCUAGCCUUACAGAUUCCACUGAGCAGAGGGAGAGGGAUGGGCGAGUGGCCCUGAAGAAAGGUCUGAGUCUUGCAGUGGUUUAGGCCUCCUUUCCAAGCCCUAGGCUGGGCCCAUCUUUGGUUUAUCCACAGCUCAGGGACUCUAUCUAGAGGUCAGUCUCUCUAAGGCAUAUAUUGGAGAAAGACAGGUGAGACCUUUUUUCUGGCCUCAGAUACCAUCUCUUUAUCCUACUACCACUAUUCCGAGCACACACACUCUCAUGCUUUCUGUCUCAAGCUCCCUGGAUCCCUUGAAAAGCAGCACUAAUAUGUGGUCCAUUGCUAGGACCUGGUACGACUCUCUUCCGAGCCCCUUUUCUGGGUCUCAGAUACUGGGGAGGCAGGACAUGCUUGGUUCCUUUCUAGCUAAACGGCCAGCGGAAGUUAAUGCAUCUCUUUGAGCCUCUGGUUCCUCAGUACUGAAGGAAAAGGGAAGUAAGUCCUCAAAGGGAGAGUCCCUGAAGAACCUUGACCAGGGCUUGGCUCCCAGCAGCUGCCCAGGAAAGCCUGGUGCCUGACCCUCUGCUGCAGAUGCCCUGCCUUUGCCCUUGAGGACUCCCAUGGUUUCAAGAUCAUCCUCAUCUUUGACCUUCCUCACCUAUGGAUGAGGCAGAACCCAUGUGGGCUAAGCAGCAGUCAGGAAGGGCCACCUAGGUACGAAUCCUCCCCCACUUCCCUAGCAGGCGGGUCCCAGUGCCCUGACUUCCUCUCAGUGGGAGGGCUAGUGCACACUGUGUACAGCAGCUCCUAUCUUCUCUGGACAAGAUCUCAGAGGGGUAGAGGACAGAGAGGUGAGUAUCUAAUGGUAGAGACAGGGCACUCAUGCAGGGAAAAGGACUGGCAUGCAAUAGGCCAAGAACCCGAAAUUUAAGCCUACCGAACUGGAGGGGCUCAAAAAGUUGACAAAAUGUGGCUAGAGUGGUAAGGCGGUGGCGGUCUGGACCAGGACUUGAACUUGGGCUAGCACAGGCAGGUAAGGAACCUUGGAAGUUUAACAAGUUGCACAGAGAGCCCUCCUUCCUGCCCUUCAGAACUGUUUUGCACCAAAGACCCCGGGCUCAUAGGAGCCCAUGAAACUCCAGAGUGCUUACGACUUGCGAGACUGUGGGCAGAGCCACUGUGUUGUCAACCCUCCAUUUUAGCCACCUGUGUAUCUGCCAGGUUCUGGAACAGUGUCCAGUCGUGUGUUUCAGUGUACUUUAACUUGCGGUGUGAGCAUGUUGUUCUUCUAUAUGAUCAACAUGACAUGAAUCAAUGAAUGGAAUUUAAUAUUAUUAUGAAAUAAAAUUGAUUUAUUGUAUGUUCAGUGACUUACAA